GCAGUUUCGUGCCACGGGGCACUGGCGAUCGAGCUUUUUAGCUUCACUCCACGAUUCAAUAUUUAUUCUCCCAAUCAUUAUUUAUCUUCAUUUUUUAUUUCUACGGUCGAUUCGAGUGACCCAGAGCUUAUCCUCUUGGCUAAGUGUCCGGGGGAAACAGCGUGAUCAUUUUUUUUUUCUCGAAUUUUUGGGAGAUCGGUAAUGAUGACCUAGGUGUGACUUGACAGUUUGUCGAGAGUAUUGUUCCGGUUGGAACACUGUUGGAUUAUUUCUCAACAGCAGCUACCAUGAAGUCUAUAAGAAAUCUUGUGGCGUUGAUAUUGCUGGGGACCAACCUGAUGAUCCUUCAGGCACAUCGUGAACACAAGGUUCACAAUAUCGUUUUAUAUCCGGACAAGCACAGUUGGUGCAAGACGACGCCAAUAAAGCAGGUAGUCACGUGGCCCCAGUGCUCGUCCCAGGAGUUGGAUAACAACGUAUGCGUCGGAGCAUGUUUCUCAUAUAUGGUACCACACAGCGAGCCCUCAGCCCCAGGAGACCUUAUUAGGCCUUACUGUGACUCCUGCCAGCCCCUUGACAGUGUCUGGCAUACGGUCACCCUCGACUGCAAAGAUGAUAAGAAAAAUGCAAUAAAAAUGCAGAAGAAGGUCCAAAUAAUCACCAAUUGCUCAUGCUCUUCUUGCAUGGAGACCUCUCGAAUAAAGCCGGAUUACAACACCCUCUUGCGGACGCUUGCCGAAGAGAAUAUGGACAAAAACGUAAACAUCAUCCACGAAACACCGGAUCUUCUCCUCGAUCCUAAUCUCAACUCCUCCAAGAAUACCACCAAGGACAAUCUCCAGGUCAGCGACAAGUUCCUCCACUUGUUCAGGGAGAUGAGGGACAAGGAGAAGGUCGACGAGGCCGAGGCCAAGGAGCUCUUCGCCAAAUUCGAGGAGGGCAUGGACCUGGGCAAAUUGCAAGAGAUCCUCAAGAAGUACGAGCAUGUGGAUGAGCACAAGCAUCACAGUCAUCAUAAACUCGAGCAGAGCCAUGGGGCAGAGGCUGAAGAGAUUCCCAGUCUGCUUCAUGCAAGUUUGCACAGGGGUCCCCAUCAUUCUCUCGUACUUGAGCCCGAUGUCAAGGGAAAGAUCGAUGUCGAGCCCCAUGAUCUUCAGCCAGCUGUCGCUGGACAGGAGAUCAGCUAUCACGAUACUGUUGCCGUUGAUAAGGACAAGAAGAAGGACUUCAUCUAGGGACACACCUCAAUAAUUAUCAUCGGAAUUUCUGGUGAUUUUUGUUGAUCCUUAACCCUUCCAGGGGACUGCCUUGAUACGAGUACUUCUUUCGUACAAAUCUGAUGUUAUCAUCAAUAUUUGAUGACGAAUGGGCUAAUUGGAUGGGAGUGUUAGUUGUAGUAAUUACAAAUUGCGUUAGUUUCAACUAAA